CACUUAUCCGAAUAAAGAGGGGAUGUAAUCGAAUACUCCAAUAUAAUACCACCUUUAAUCAUAGUAAAACACCCUUUAAGUAAAAUUUAUUUAAUUCAUGCUCAAAUGUGGGCAAGGAUACACGAAAUAGACGUGCAGGAAAUAUGUAGGACGGGCUAUCCCAAUAGGAUUUUUUAUGGGCUAUCGAUUAGUAGUUGUUAAAUAAAAGUACUGACAAAAGAAAGUAAAUGUUCAUUUGAUGUAAGAACAUAUUUAAGAACAUUUAAGCCUAAAAUGUCGAAUUUCUGAGAAUCACGAGGCUCAAACAAAAAAUACGAUAUCAAAAGAAGUGUGGAUUUGUGUUUUUUGAACAUAUUUUGAAAAAAAAAACACACGCGUUCUAGUUAUAAUACUCACUGUUCUCAUGAUAAAUAAAAGGAGAUCAAAUUAUGAACAGAAAAAACAAUGACAUUUACUGAUCUUUUAGACAGAAAGUUUAAAGAGAACACAGGUACCGCAUUCGCGUUCGAAUGUAACUUUCAAGAACCAAUGAGAAGGCAGUAAGAGCUACCAUUAUGUAUGAUUGAGCAAACGAUCGCUUAGUCUUUGUUGAAGAAGUGCAUUAUAUUCUGCAUGGAUUUUUGAUUUGAAAUUCGAAUUGUAGUAGCGAACAAAUCUAAAAAAUUAUAUCGCUACUGGCUUUAAAAAAAAUGGAAAUUUUAUGGUCUUGAUAUACUAAAUUGAUAUUGGGAUGCUAAAUAUGCUUGAAAUAGAAAGUAACAAGAUAAAUUGAAGAAUUAUCGUCACCUGUUUUUGCUGUUUCCUAUUGUUUAGUUGCAAAUACUUUCUGGAUAAGCAGUGCAAAGAAUGGCGUGGAGCUUACUGUCAUGUUUAUCUGUUGUCUUGAUAAUACUCAAAUUUGUAGUUGGUGAAGAAGUUGUCAAACCUCCUCAUCCCCAUAUAAUUUUCGUCACCAUGAGAGAUAUGGGUUGGGAUGAUGUUAGUUUCCAUGGUAAUCCAGAAAUUCCAACACCUAAUAUUGACAGAAUUGCUAACCAUGGUGUUAUCUUGCAACAAUAUUACACCACUCCUAACUGUGAAGAGUCCGUAUCCACAUUCAGGACCGGGAAGCAUCCCAUUCAUUACCGUACACCUGAACCAGGAGAAGCUUCUCGAGUAACGUACGACAUUUGGAACUAUUUAGACAUCCAAAGUUACGUGAUACGAGAAGUGGGAGUGAUUGAUUGCGAGGAUACGAACAUACCUUUCUAUCCCUGGGAUGUGAUACAGAAAUCGGAACUCAUAUUAAAAGAACACGAUCAAGCUAAUCCAUUAUUUUUGCAAGUAAACUUCCCGCAGCUACACGCUGAUUAUCCGCAGCAGGUUCCGGACGAGUAUCUGGAAAAAGCAAAGCACAUCCCUUUUGAAGCAAGAAGAAUAUAUGCAGGGUUAAUCAUGCAAUUAGACCGAGCAGUAGGACACCUAAUCCGGAUACUUUACGAUACCGGUGUCUUACGGAACGCAAUAUUAAUCUUUACUACGCUGACUGGUGGUACAAAAGGAAACAACCUUUACACUUGGCCAUCUACAUAUCCGUUUCGGGGAAGCAACGGAACGUUAUGGGAAGGAGGAUCAAGGGGGUUAAGUUUUGUGUACAGUAAUCGCAUUCAAAGAAGAGGUCGAGUUUCGUAUGGUCUAGUGCAUAUGGUGGACUGGCUACCCACAAUAUUUCGCCUCGCAGGAGGAAAUUCAGAACAUGUUGUUGAAAGUGACGGCAUGGAUAUUUGGGAUUCCAUCAACACUGACGAUUACUCACCUAGGAUGGAAAUUUUGUAUGGUAUUUACGACAACAAAGCCGCAGUUCGAGUCGGCGAUUUUAAACUUAUUACUGGGGAGACAUACACUCCUCCUGCUCAAAGACCUUUAGCUAGAGGUGAAAUGGAUACCUUAAUGAAACCAGUAACUGUUUGGGAUAGCGAGAUAGAAUGUGCAAAUUAUCCUGAUGCAAUUGGCUGUUGGCCAGAUAUUUCGCCUUGUUUAUUCAAUGUACGCUUUGAUCCGUGUGAGAAAAACAAUGUUGCUUAUUUCAUGCCACAAACAGUAGAAGCGCUUGCGUAUAGUAUGAACAAAUAUAACGAAUCUGCUGUAUACAGAUCAAAAAGAGACAUACCUGAAAAUGGUAAUGAUAAACGAGUUACUAGAGCUCAAAAAAGAACUAUAAGAAAACUACAGAGAAGCAUAAAAACAUUAGAUAGAAACAAAAUAAGAAAAUAAAUUUAGAAUAGAGAAAAUAAAAUCUGUCGUUACACGUGAGAAAUACUGUUAUAAAGAAGAUACAAACCAGUUGACCAAUAAAAGAUUAUAUAAUUGAAUUGUGUGCUUGCAGGCACUUGGCAAAAUGUUUUUUUUGUUUAUCAAGGCAUGGACAAGAGAAAAGAUACCAACAUCAAAAUGGGUUCUGUGUAGCUUUAUUAGAAUGAUUGUCCUCAUCAAAAAACUUUUAAAUACUAUCUUCUAAAUUUUUAGUUAAACACAAUGUAUAUAAAAUAUUUGGAAAUAAAUAUAUGAAUGGAAAAAAUGCAGUAA